AAAAAAAAAAACUUGACUAUGAGACCUAUCAGUUACUUCAGUGUUUUGCUCCUGAUUCUCAGACAGUGUCACGGUGGAAACAUCUUGGUCCUACCAGCUGAAGGCAGCCACUGGAUAAACAUGGACAUUCUCCUUAAGGCUUUGCACUCCAGAGGACACAACCUCACGGUUGUACGUUCCAGCAAAAGCUGGUACAUCAAGGAGAACUCCUACUACAGCACCAUCACUGUUCCUGUGGAACGAGGCCUAGAUAAGGAGUUUGCAAAUAAUUUUGUAGAUUAUUUCUUGAAAUUUGAACGUGGGGAUCUCACCUUGACCAGUAUUCUGUACAAAUCUGUAGGAAUGUACAACACAUUUAUAGACCUUCACAAUGCUGUUACUGAAGUGCUCUCAGGCCUCCUGGAUGACGCACACAUGAUUAGAAGAAUCAAGGAGAGCAAGUUUGAUCUGGUUCUUACUGACCCCUGCUGGGCCAAUGGAGUUAUUGUGGCCAAGUAUUUUAAUCUGCCUUUGGUUUAUAAUGUUCGCUGGUUAAUAUCUGAAGAGGCUCAUUUUGCCAUCGCUCCUUCACCUUUAUCAUAUGUUCCUCUAACAGGAUCUGGAUCCACUGAUAAGAUGACUUUUAUUCAGAGAGUUAAAAACAUGUUUUUAUACCAAGUCAACCAAAUACAAAACAGUUUAGCAAGUAAACUGUUAUACCAACCGUUAUGUGACAAAUAUCUUGGGCCUGAUACUGACUUCAAUCAGAUAAAAAUUGACGCAGACAUUUGGCUGAUGAGAACUGAUUUUGUGUUUGACUAUCCUCGUCCCACAAUGCCUAAUGUUGUGUACAUGGGAGGGUUCCAUUGUAAACCUCCAGAACCACUUCCUGAGGACUUGGAGGAGUUUGUGCAGAGUUCUGGAGAACAUGGAGUCAUCGUCAUGUCACUUGGAGCUUUUGUGAGUAAACUCCCUGAUGACUUUGCUAAUGAGAUCGCUGCAGCUUAUUCUAAACUACCCCAGAAAGUAAUCUGGACCCAUAAAGGUAAAAGACCAGACACUUUAGGAAACAACACUUUAAUGGUUGACUGGAUGCCACAAAAAGACCUUCUAGGACACCCCAAGAUAAAACUGUUUGUUGCUCAUGGAGGAACAAAUGGAGUCCAGGAGGCCAUGUGUUACGCAGUCCCAGUCGUGGGUUUAGCUUUAUAUUUUGACCAUUAUGACAACCUGCUCCGUCUGCAGGAGAAGGGGGCAGCUAAAGUUCUUACUCUGGCUACAGUCGAAAAAGAUGAUAACUUCCUGAAAGCUCUACAGGAAGUCCUGAGUGAGCCCUCCUACAAGAUGAACAUGCAGAAACUCUCUGACCUGUACAACGAUCGACCAAUGAAGCCGAUGGACACGGCCGUCUUCUGGAUAGAG